UGGAGACGUGCCAGAAGCACCAUCAAGCGGCACUGACAAAGCUAUGGAAGUUCGAGUAGACCAGCCUCAUCGAGCGAAGGUUUUUAAACGAUAACAACCUAUACAGAGUUGUUGUCGUUUUAUACUCAAAUAGGACAAUUCCUGGAUAUGAUGGGAAUGCGGUCCUCGAUAAUAUAUUGUUUUAGUUAUAAAGGGGUUCCUUUCAUAGUUCGGCGGGUUUUGCUCUAUGCUAGCUUGCAAACAGUUGCGGUUGGUGGUUAGCUGUUUAUACAACUUGGGUGUAUCUCAGUUUGUUCAUUUUUUAUUGUUUACUUUUACUACCAGACAAGCUUUUCUUUACAUACAAAACAUGUAAACAUCACACAAUGUGGGGUAAUGUGGGGUGGCAGAACGCCGUCGCAAAAUAUUGCUAAAAAAGUGAAGUGACGAAGUCAUCGCGCAUGCGUGGGUCGAUCAGUUCGUGACAGCGCCUCUUCAGUUGAAUGAAGAAGAUGUCUGACUUUACCUGGUCUGUGGUGGUGCUUACCUGUCAGCACAAAGACAGUGUGUACGCCUUCCAGAGAGAGCUGGAGUUGAGGCAGCAGCGUGGUUCUGUGUCUCACAGUACCUUGGUCCUGACAGUGCAGGACCGCCAAGAGCCACUGGGCAGUGGGGGGGCAACACUCAACGCCCUGGUGGUGGCGGCCGAGCACCUGAGCAGCCGAGCAGGACACACCGUGGUGACAGCUGAUGUGCUGGAUGGAGCUCACAUCCUCAUCCUCCAUACUGGUCGGGAUUUUCCUUGGAGUUCGUGCAGCCGAGCCUUCUCCUGGCUGCCGCUGGAAAAAGCUACUCAGAGGGUCCAGGCACCGGUCUGCUGUCUCGACCUGCUGCUGGACUGCCUCACAAACCAGGUUUGUCCUGGUUCUCCUCCUGGCGUUUGGGUCUGCAGCACCGACAUGAUCCUCAGCAUUCCGCCACAUUUUGUGUUGUCCUGGGACAGCUUCUCAGGUGUCCGUGUUCUCGCACUCCCCGGUGAUGUGUCUUACGCUGUCAAUCAUGGCGUCUACCUAUGUGACAAACAGGAUCACAUAAGGGACAUCAUAUACAAAGGAAGCAACGAGCAGAUCCAGCAAGCUGUGAUGCAUGAUGGGAAAGUGCCUCUGGUCUCAGGUCCAGUCUUCUUUAGCAGGACAGUAACGGAGAAACUUCUACAGGCCCACGUCACGCCUCCUCUGGACGGGUGUACCUACUUAGGUCUAGACUCUGGAGCUCCGCCCCUCCAGAUCUCGCUUUUCCUGGACGUGUUGAAGUGUCUUUGCUUGGAUCAGACCGAGGAGCAAUUUGUGGGCGGGGACGGGAGGGUCUGUGCUCAUACUGGAGAGCCUCACGGGGCAACGGUGAGAAGCGGCAGGCAAGAGCUGUGGAGGAUCCUGAGAGGGACGCAGCUCAGCAUGGUGUACGUCCCAGGAGGUCGCUAUGACUACAUGUCUCUGUCUGGAAAGCAACAUGUUGACCGGCUAACCUCCGACUGGACACAUGAACACGCCCUCUCCUACAUGCAGUUGGACAGCAGUGUGAGCAAAGGAGGGCGGGUAAUCAAUAGUGUACUGGAAGGAGCCGUCGCUGUGGAGACAGGAGCAGUGGCGCAACACUGUCACCUGCAGGGUCCCCUGCGCAUCCCGUCUGGUUGUUUACUGUCAGGUCUUGAGGAAUCAGAUUCUCUCUGGAUUGGACAACUGCCGCCGGUCAACAACAUCAUCAUUCAGGGACAUCGCAUUGAGCUUGGGGACUUGAAGCUGAAGGUUUACACGGUGAUAGGAGGACUGGAUGACCUGGAGCUGUGCUGUGACAAUGACGGUUCCUCCUUCCUCAACGUCAAAUGGAGCGUCUUCUUCAGCAGGACAAGUGUACGGCCAGAAGACUUGUGGUUCCCGGGAGAGCUGCGCUCCCUGCUGGAUGCUCGCCUCUUCCCAGCAUUCCACCCACACGAAGGCCCUGUAGGGGUGGUGGGGGGCGUGGCUUGGCUUUUGGGUGGAGCAGGCUGCAUGCGGAGGUGGAGAGAGGCAUGGCGGCUUUCAUUGAGGGAGGUUCUGUCACUCACCCAUCAGGAGGCGGAGCUCCAGUGGAGGGAGAGCUUGCUCCUCCUGGCGGGAAGGAAGCAGGUGACAGACGCCCUGACUAAUGGGAGCAACGCCUGCCUGCUGCCUUAUUUCAGGGCGGCCGUGCUGGGCAGGCAGCACGCGGCGCUGCUGGACACGCUGGACAACAUCGCGGCAGGAAGAGGAACUGAGCAUGGGGCGGAGCAGGAGGCCCAGCUGGGUAUGGCUGCUCGCUCCCUCUCCUGCAUUGCUGACGUGCUAGUGUGCUUGGCCGAAGACAAGGGGGGUCUCAGGAGUGGGCCAGCUGCGAACAAGGCUUGGAGCUCCGCCUACCUCCUGUUAGGAGAAGGUGAUCUGAAGGGUGGAGUUAAGGCCCUGGCUGCACAGAGAGUUAAUUGGCUCAGCAGGCCAGACCUGCUGGUGCGGGCAGCGCGGCACUAUGAAGGCGCCGCCCAGGUGCUGCUACGUCAGGCUAUGAUGUCAUCACAGAAGUUCAUCACCAUUGGCCAGGUUGCUGUCCCGCCUCUUGAGCAAUGGCAUGAAGUGGAGUGUCCUGCCCGACUGGACCUUGCUGGUGGCUGGAGCGACACUCCGCCCAUCGCUUUCGAGCAUGGCGGCUCUGUGACUAAUGUGGCAGUGAAGGUUGAUGGCAGGCGUCCGAUUGGUGCUCGGGCUUGUCGCAUCAGAGAACCCCACCUCCUGCUGGUCAGCCACAUUGGGCAGCAGGACUCUGGUGUUUCCAUUAAGACCGUAUGCACCAGCCUGGAUGACCUGAAGGACUACUGUCAGCCGCACGCACCCGGAGCGCUGUUGAAGGCUGUGUGUGUCUGCAGUCGUUUGGUGUCUCUCUCCUCCCAGCAUCCUCUCGGGCAUCAGCUGCUUCAGCAUUGGGGUGGAGGGUUGGAGCUGCACAGCUGGUCGGCGCUGCCCACAGGCUCGGGACUCGGAACCAGCAGCAUCCUGGCUGGAGCGCUGUUGGCCGCCGUCUACAGAUGCACGGGUCAAACGUACGACAGCGAGGCACUCAUUCAUGCUGUCCUGCACCUGGAGCAAGUCCUGACGACAGGCGGGGGCUGGCAAGACCAGGUGGGAGGUCUGGUUGGGGGACUGAAAGUGGGCCGGUCCAAAGCGACUCUGCCACUGCAUGUCCAGGUGGAGCAAUUGUGUCCCCCAGAAGACUUCUUGUUGUCUUUGGAACAGCGCCUCCUGCUGGUAUACACUGGAAAGACUCGGCUGGCUCGCAACCUUCUGCAGGAUGUGGUGCGCAGCUGGUACAGUCGUCUUCCUGCAAUGGUCCACAACGCCCAGCAGCUUGUGUCCAACUCGGAAGAAUGUGCUCAAGCUUGCUUAGAUGGUUCCUUGUCAAGACUGGGCUGCUGCGUGAACCGCUCGUGGCACCAAAAAAAGCUGAUGGCGCCGGGCUGUGAACCAGCAUCAGUUCGCGUCAUGAUGGACGCCUUGCGCCCUUUGGUCCUAGGUCAGAGCCUGGUUGGAGCAGGGGGAGGUGGCUUUCUUUGCUUGUUGACCCGCCAGCCUGAACAGCAUCAGGCGGUGCUUCAGGUCCUCAAUGACACACCGGGUCUGGGAAACUUCAGCGUUCACACAGUUGAGCUGGACAUGGAUGGCAUCACUGUGCUAGAGUCAGCAUGACCUCACAAACUAACUUGCUGUGUCUUGAAGUCAUCCACACAAUCUGGUGGGCAAACUUGGUAUAUGUUUUUUGGGGGUGCUUGAGGGGCAAUUAUGAUUGAGCCCUAUGAACUCUGCCUAGCAACAAGUGGCCAGGCAAAAACAUGAAGGAAGGAAAUGGUACAUUUAUAUUAUUUUUAAUGAUAAAUCAAACACUAUAAAUGCUAAAUAUUUUAUAAUGGUGGGAAUAAAAAAAAAUGAGAAUACUG